AUGGACCCAAGCAGCCCCUUUCCCAGUACUAUCAGAGGUACGCCGUCUCUGUUGCCAGCCAGCCAGUCACGUAGCCGACAACGCCAACACAGGCAACCAUCAAACUCCAGACAGGGAAGCCAGGCGGGAAGAUCAUCAUCAGAUCAGCUGCCCUCAAUCAGAUCGCAACACUCUACCUCAGUGUACUCGUCCUCGUCCUCAGCAUCUCGUUCCCAACGACGAACACAGUUCCAAGCCGAAAGCGAUAGUGGUAACUUGUCGGACCAGGAUGAAUACCCAGACUCCUCUAACGAUGUUAUCCUUGCCAUCGAACUCCAGACCAAUGGAAGUUUUGGUUCUGCUUUUUACUCUGCCAUGGAAGAGAGCCUAUCUAUCCAACAGGACACUAUGGCAGGCAUAGAGCUCGUCGAAACAAUCCUACUUCAUGUACAGCCCACCGUAGUUAUCGUCCCAAAUCGUGCAUCGGAUGGGUUGGUAACAUACCUGGAGCGUCGUGCACAUGAUAUUCAAGGCAAUAAUGGAGCCAACGGAGCCUAUGUUUUUCACUCGACUGGUUCUUCUGAGUUCAACCACCAAAUAGCUAUCGAGAAGCUCGCAAAACUGAAGCUGAACUGUUACAGCCACCCCUCUCUGGUCAUGAAAAUGGCGGGCGACUCUGCCUUGGACGCCGGUGUCAGUGGAUCGGAAUUUGGAUCGAACCAAGGAGGCCUGAGACUAGGCUCACUGAUUAAUUUAUCCAGCCGUCUUUCGAUUGGAUGUGCCGGCGCGAUCAUGAGCGAACUCCAGCGUCGUAGGGCCUCGGAGUUUCUUCCCAGAGAUCUACCUGCAUCGGCUGCACAUGCCAUCCGGACAAUUACCAUGUUUGAUCUGGCAAAUUCCAUGUUUCUCAAUGACGACACUCUUGAUGCCCUUCAGAUCUUACGGUCAGAGUCUCACCCAGAUAGCCAAAAAGGUGGUCCUGACAAAUCAAGCUCAGGGGCUAAAGAAAGCCUCUCUGUCUACGGACUGUUCCAACGACAUGCACGCACCCCUCAAGGAAAAGCUAGAUUGAAACAAAUCUUUCUCCGGCCCAGUACAGAUCUGGGUCUCCUGGAGGAGAGACAGAACAUCAUCGCGAUACUGAUUCGACCAGAAAACAGUGAAACGUUCACAAUGAUUAUAAAACAACUAAGGAUGAUCAAGAAUAUGAAGACGAUCAUGAAUCACAUCCAGAGAGGUGUGGAUAAGCCGUCAUCUCUAGCGACCGCCAAGAGAGGAGUUUGGAAAAGUUUGCAACGAUUUUCCAAGUUUACGAUCGAGCUCUACGAAACAGUUAUGGUGCUUGAAACUGGAGGAGCGCCUCUUGGAGUAGUGAACAGGAUGCAAGCGCAGGUUGAUCCGCGCCAGAUUAUGCAGGUCGGGAAGAUGGUCUCGGACACGAUUGACUUUGACGCUACCGAGACUAUCAACGACACAGUUAUCCUUCCAGGAGUAAAUCAAGAUCUUGAUCAGCUGACCCGAACCUACAAUGGUUUUCCCAGCCUCCUUCAAGAGGCUGCACGUCAUAUCGUCCGGGAUGUACCAGAAUGGGCUGCGGCUUACAUUCAACAUUGCAUAUACUACCACCAGCUCGGCUUCUUGACAGUAGUCUCCGCAAAUGCCAAUGGAGAGCCCAACUAUGAUGGACCAGAGCCUGGAGCUAGCGACGAAUGGUUGAGGAUAUUCGUUCAUCAAGGUAACUUCUACUUCAAGAACAGACGCAUGAGAGAGCUAGAUGACUAUUUCGGCGACAUUGUAGCCCAAAUACACGGUGAGCAAAUCUUUUACAUCCCUGUGUCGCGGCACGAGCUUAUUGAAUCCCGAGUCGUAGAUAAAGAGAUAGAGCUUCUUCAUGAACUUCGCAAAAGAGGGGAGCUGGACAGCCUCACUGCUCUGGCAACUGUGGCGCAGCAGUAUAACCUUACCGCCCCUGAGAUGACCGAGUCAAACGUCAUCGAAAUCAGACGUGGACGUCAUCUACUUCAAGAACUGGUUGUCCCCGCGUUUGUGCCUAAUGACUGCAUUUUACGUGGUGGGAAUGGCAACGAGAGUGCAGCCAACUCGGAGCUUUCAUAUUCGGAGGGUGACGAAAUGCCGAGCAUGCUCAUUCUGACCGGACCAAAUCAUUCUGGAAAAAGCGUUUAUCUCAAACAAGUGGCUCUCAUAGUCUAUCUUGCCCACGUCGGUAGCUUUGUGCCUGCAGAAUGGGCAAGGAUUGGGACUGUGGACAGAAUACUCACCAGGGUUUCAACGCGCGAGAGUGCCGCUAGGCCUGAGUCUGCCUUCGCCAUUGAUUUGCGUCAGGCUGCGUUCUCCAUCAACCUUGCGACAAGGCGUAGUCUUGUGUUGAUUGAUGAGUUCGGGAAAGGCACCAGCCCAGUCGACGGCGCAGCUCUGGCCGCAGCUCUCUUUACACAAUUCGCAGACGCCGGAGAAAAUGUGCGUCCCAAAGUUCUUGCUGCUACUCAUUUCCACGAGAUUUUUGAGCAGGACCUGCUAGCAGAAAGCCCGACAGUAGGGUUCGCGCACAUGGAAGUCAAGGUCGACUACAAUACUCAGUAUCUUGAAGAUCAGGUGGCAUUUUUGUAUACAAUGGUUCCUGGAAGAAGCAUAUCAAGCUUUGGAACCAAUUGUGCCUUACUGAAUGGAAUCGACGACAAGAUUGUAGCGAGGGCUGAAGCACUGAGUCUACUGAUGGCUCAUGGCGAAGACCUUUCAGCCGCGUGCGCGAGGCUGUCUGGAGAGGAGACAAGACAACUUCAAAAAGCUGAAAACAUGGCCCGAGAGCUUGUUCGUGCUGACAUUCCGAACCCUCGGAGACUGUCCAUUUCUGAUCGCAAUAUCGGUCGCAACCUUCUGCUUCGGAUUCUGAGCUUGGACAGCACGUCGGAGCCCAUAAUUUCAAAAGAAUCAGAAGACAGCUGA